AUGUAUAAUUUCGUAGGAUUCCCAUGUCGGCAUACGAUCCUUCACUUCUUGGACAGUUUUUGCAGCAGUACUAUAAGCGGAUUUUUCCGUUCAAACCAUACGUCAAAUGGCUGUUGCUACAAUCAAAAGCCUGCAGACUAUUUUGCGAGGCGUGAAUUUGCGUUCAUUCUUGAGGAGGACGUGCAUCUUCGAUACCGCAGCUUUGACGAUCAAGCCGAAUUUGAGCACGAGCUGUGCAAAAUCAGUCCGCAUAAGUUGGAUAUCGGAGCUGUCUACUCUCACAAGCCAAAAGACAAUAAAAGCCACUCGCAUUUCAAAGCAGUCGAGCGUGAGCUCGUUUUCGAUAUCGAUCUUACGGAUUAUGACGAAGUGCGAAAAUGUUGCAAUGAGGCAAAGGUCUGCGCUAAAUGUUGGCGCUUUGUUUCGCUUGCUGUGCAGGUGCUCGACAAACUACUUGAAGAUCACUUCGGAUUCAAAGCUAGAAUGUGGGUGUUUUCUGGACGUCGAGGUGUUCACUGUUGGGUAGGAGACGAGAAGGCGAGGAAGUUGACAAAUGCCGGACGCUCUGCUGUCGCUGAAUAUCUUUCGCUUAUUGUGGGUGAUAAACUCGACAUGUAUGGCAGUCGGACAACUUUAGCCAAAAAAUCGCUUCCUCUUCACCCAAUGGUGGAGACCGCUUAUCGAGUAGCUAUGGACUGCGGUGAAAUUGAUGACAUGGUUGUCGAGCAGGGUUGGCUGGAGCUUGACUCAGCACUUGAAAUCCUGAAAUUCUGCGAAGAUCCCGAAUUGCAAGCUACUCUUCGGUCUCAAUUUGAAGAAUUAGACACCCCCGCAAUGAGGUGGCAACUUCUGAAACGUCGUUUUGAUGACAAAUACCGGAAGGAAAUGAAGAAAGCUCAUCAGGUCCUCCCAGAGGCUGCUUUGCUGAUUUACGGGAAAUCGCAAACCACGCAUGCCCGUUCGUGGUCCGAGCAAGAACUUUCUGCGGUGGUUCGUAUUAUGGCACGCAUACCCACGGCUAGACGUCAAUGUGUCUACAGGGCUGAACCAUUUACUGAAAUAUACCAUUGUAUUCGAUCCAAAACAGGGAGGGUCCUGUGCUUUGGAUGGUUACAUUUCAAGGUUCACGAGUUUGAUGUAACGACGUGUCCUCGUGUUGACAUUCUCGUCAACGAAUUGUCAAAAACCAUAGCAGAUGAAGACGUCAAAGAAAAUCGAAAGAUUCUGGGUUAUAAGCACACAUCCCUGGCUCCAUAUGUGGAAAACUUCGAGAAAUUCGUAGCGCUAGCUGUUUCUAGCUAG